UUAAGUCUUUUUUCAGCUGAUUACAGUACUUGAUCUUUGUAUCUGUGCAUAUUCUGUGCCACGCAGGCCAUUUAGAUGUGUUUGGUAAUAAUGUGUGUGGGUUUUCCAAAACUUCAACCUUAACUAUUAUAGAAUUAUGGUUGGCUUCCUUUCACUCCAGAUCAUUGUCAAAGCAAGAAGUAAGUGAACUAUCAUAUAAUAAUUGAUAUAUAAACAAGUUAAUGAUUUUUCCUUUCUUAUUAUCUGAUAAUGAACAUUUAAUAAUGAACUGAAGGUGCUAAAUGUGGCAAAACAAACAUCAAUAAUGAUGACAUGUAUUACCUUGUACCUCCUAUCCACUGUAAGAAAUGUCUGGUGUCUGAACAACAGCUUUAGUGAGCAUUUGGGUACCACCUGUUAUUAUUAUCUUAAAAGUAUAUAUGGGGUCUCAUUUACUAAGUCAUUUUUGUGACUUUUCUACAUAUUUUGUGACUUUCUGUCCAGUGACGUUUAUCCUGUGACUUUUUGUCCGUAUACCAAACAUGAAUCCUAUUUUGACUAAUUUCGUGAAACUGAAACGUGUCCUUUGUAAGCAAUUAUAGUUGGGGCAUAAGUGAACAGAUAUACGUUGACCUUGAAAAUAAAUAAAUAGAUAUUAGGUAAAUAAAGACGAAAAAAGCCGCCAGACGUUAGUUUUGUUGUCUUAUGGUUUUUAUUGGGAAUAAGAAGGAUGGCACGAUCCCUUAUGCCUGCUGGUUCCUAUACACGAUCCUGCUAUAUGUACAUGUAUAUAGAGUCUAGUUGGUUAAAUUUUAACACAAAAAGAAUUAUCUCGUAAUAGGAAAGUCUUCCACUUUUGUACAAAAACACCCAAAGUAAACCUCCAAGUUGUAUACAGUAGAUGUGUGGUUGUUCGCAUAUCGGAGAUAAUUUGAAUUCAGAUAAUCAGAAAAUAUAUUUGAAAUAAAAGAGGGUGAGAGAAGAAACAUACUAUACAAAAUAGAUAAAUAAAUAAUAAAACAAUGUUGAAUAUGUGCCUACGUAUUGUUCGUAAAUUGGGCGAGUGGUAUUUGUACUUAUGAUUACGAAGGUUGGUCACGGUAGAAUAACCUGGUGUUAUUUUAUUUACAGGUAAUUGUUUACACCUGCACGUUAAUCCAAGUUUAAGGCGUCUAGCUGUGCCUUGUUCACACCUGUUGUCAUGUGAUUAAAAUAUAAAAGAUGACUUAGGAAUUGUUAUGGAGAUAACACUAUUGUAAAUAUGCUUUGAAUAAACAGCCAUUGUUUUCAAGUUGUUUAUUCGUUAUUAGAUAUCUUAGACAUAAUUCAGAAAUCUUAUGCAUUAAAAUAUCAAUUUUGGAGUUGGAUAAUACAAGUUAAUUUGUAUCUUUCAAGUUAUGAUGUGCAUACGAAACAGAAAACUGAGAAGGGGGUUUAUUAUUACUAUGGAUUUAAAACCAGUAGGACACCGCUUCGAGUUAAAUACCACGCAUGCGCAGAAGCCGGUGAUCCGAGUCGUUCUUUUCCCUAUAUAUUCUAUUAAGAGCGACCCUGAGCACCAGUGACCGCCACCACGGUUACACCGGGACAUAUGUCCCGGGACAUAUGUCCCGCGAUGUCCGAUAUUGAUAUUUGCCGAUUUAUCGUUAUACGUUAGUUUUUCUUCAAUUAUCUUACUGAAUGUGUUUUAAGAUGAUCACCAAGAGUCUUCAUUGUGAAUUUGGUGUGUGGAAAUUGCCUAAUUAUUUAAUAAAUGGCUUUUAUUUUUUCUUCAGGGUGUAAAGGUAGUCCCGAAGAUUUUACGAAGAAAACGCAUUUCCGGUUUUUGUUUUUGCCUUGUUAAUAAUUGAAAUAAAACCUUUUCUGUGUUUUAUGUUGCUUUUGCUGUUGUUUAGAUAUUGUUUCUUGUCCUGAUAAAAGAUUUACGAAAUAUUCAGCAUGUUAUAUGAAUGCUCGUCCUUCUUUUUAUGGGACAUCACUUCGGUGGUUGACUCGACACGAAGAGUGUAAAAUUAAAACCGGAAUAAGGUGACAGUUUCAACCCGUAUUAUGAAUAGCUAUAAAAGUGAUUUGAAGGGUAAUUUCUAGUAAGGAAAAUUAAUUACAACUGAUAUAAAGUACCAUAAAUUAUAAGAUUUGGUAUCAAUAUAUUUUGUUAUGUUAUUCAUACAGUCACUUAUUCUUUAACUGUUAUAACUGAAUAGUGCUAUAGAUUAUGCCGGUUUCAAUUUGUUAUUUUAAAUCUACAAUCAUGACAUUCUGGGAUAUUUUAUACCUGAAUAAAAUGAAAUGAAAUACAUGUAAAUAUAUAUAAACUGCCCUCUCUAUGGAAUAUCUACAGUUAAUGUACAUGUUGCAUUUUCUAAUGAACAGGGACGGGUCCAGGAAUUGUGGUUACGGGGGGGGGGGGCAUUUUAUGAGGCAGGGGGUCUGGAUUUUAUAGGACUUGAAAUAUGUCUCCUAUUUAGUCAUCUGUACUAUUUUCUGUCAUUUUUAAUAAGGUGAAAUUAAUAAAAUGACGCAAAUUUUAAGGGUUUUUGGAAAAAAUUAAGUUCUCCCAAUAAAGUAAUUCAAGAAAUCAAAAGAUUUUGCCAUUUAAUUCUCCGGGAGUAUAUUGAAAUUUUAUCUUCAAUGCCAUUAAAAAUGUCUAUGAUAGAUAAGAAAUUUUUUCAUUUUUAUUAAUCAAUACUUGGAUUUACUAAGUGAUGUGUGUUGCUAUCAAGAUUAAUUAUCGUCUCAUGAUUAUUCAAACGCAGCUCGAAGUGCGCACAUGAUUUAACGAUGAGAAGUAAAUUACUUGCUCCUGUUUUACUUGAGUGGUUGACAAAGUUUUGCCACCACCCAUUCUCCAAAUCAUCAAAAUUACUUAUGAUAUAGUUGCAGGCUUAUGAUUAUAAUGAUGAGUCUUGAAAUUGAAUGCUCAAAUUCUUUAAAGUGAUUGGGUGGCAAAUUACAAAAUUAACAUCUCACUGGUUUGUUUACAUUGCCGAAAUUAAAAAUCUAUAUAUUUCAUUCUGAAAAUAAAGCAUCAGAAAAAAGUAAAUCUAUGAUUCGGUGCAGAUUUAGCAAAAUAUCAAAUAAAUAAUAUAUAUAUUUCAUUUUAAAAAUAAAGUAUCAGAAAAAAGUAAAUAUAUGAUUCGGUGCAGAUUUAGCAGAUUAAUAAAAUUAUGGCUCUUUAGAGCUGGGCAACGUAAUUUAAUUAGACUUUACAUGUUUAAUUAAUUUACGGCUAACAACCCCAAUACCAAUUUUAUUGAUCUUUCCACGAUAUUGUAUAUGAAUUACAAAUUACAUUUAAUUUAAACGUCUAACAUUGCUUUUGAAUAAUAAUGAUAAUAAAAUGAUAAUAAUAAAUUAGUCUUUAGAUGAAUUCGGAUUUAAUGUUUCAUAUCAGUCCGAUUCUCUCAUUAGUAUCUCAUUUAACUGCGAUGUCCCGAGAAAAAAAGGAUAUAAAACCCAGUUUAAUGUUUUGAUUAGUGAGAUUAUUUAAAAUAACCAGAUAAAAUAGUCUAUUAUGAUUAUCAAUAGGACACAAUACUUAAAGAUUAUAAGUGCUUUGUACUUAAACGAGGCAAAAACAAAAACCGGAAAUGCGUUUUCUUCGUAAAAUCUUCGGGACUACCUUUACACCCUGAAGAAAAAAUAAAAGCCAUUUAUUAAAUAAUUAGGCAAUUUCCACACACCAAAUUCACAAUGAAGACUCUUGGUGAUCGUCUUAAAACACACUCAGUAAGAUAAUUGAAGAAAAACUAACGUAUAACGAUAAAUCGGCAAACGUCAAUAUCGGACAUCGCGGGACAUAUGUCCCGGGACAUAUGUCCCGGACUACAUUUACACCCACCCUAAAGUAGGUCCUAUGUAUUAUUUGCACGUAUCUUUCUUGUACUUCUGCUGAGCUUUCUACAACGAGGGAACAGUAUAUUCGGAAUAUCACACUUUAGAAUCAGCGGCACGUGCAUUAUUAUUGACUGACGCAUUUUUGUUAAGUUAAAAUAGGUUAUUUAGUGGAUCCCGUUAUCACAUGAUAAAUCACAUGAUCAUAUAUUUUGUUUUAUAUAUUCCUCACGUGAGUCAGAUCAGAAGCUGACCCAACAUUUAGUCAGAAUGAAGGCAAUUGUUCUUUUAUUGGCUUGGGUAUCUGUGACCUAUGCCCUGGAUAACGGACUAGGCCUGACCCCUCCAAUGGGCUGGAACUCAUGGGAACGUUUUAGAUGUAACACAGAUUGUGUGAAUGACCCAGAAAACUGCAUCGGAGAGAAGCUGUACAUGCAGAUGGCUGACAGAAUGGCUGAAGAUGGAUACAAGGACGCUGGCUAUCAGUACAUUAAUGUUGAUGACUGCUGGAUGGCCAAAGAGCGCGGACCUGACGGCAGACUGCAAGCUGACCCUGUGAGGUUCCCUAGUGGUAUGAAGGCUCUAGGUGAUUACAUCCACAGUAAAGGCUUGAAGUUCGGGAUCUACGAGGAUUUCGGGACUGAAACAUGUGGGGGAUUCCCAGGCAGUAAGUUCUUUAUGGAGAGCGAUGCCCAGACCUUUGCUGAUUGGGGUGUAGACUUACUGAAACUAGAUGGUUGCUAUAGUAAUAUACAGGAUAUGACAUCAGGUUAUCCAAUCAUGGAGUUUUUCCUCAACAAAACAGGCCGACCUAUUCUUUAUUCCUGCAGCUGGCCAGCAUACUUUGUAGCCAAUAGUAAAAUUCCAGAUUAUAAAGCUAUUGCCAAGAGUUGUAACAUCUGGAGAAACUUUGAUGACAUCCAGGACUCGUGGGAGAGCGUGGUCAGUAUCGUCGGGUACUAUGGCAAAAACAAAGGCAAUUUCUCCGAUGUUGCAGGACCAGGAAGCUUUAAUGAUCCAGAUAUGCUGAUUAUUGGAAAUUUUGGUCUAAGUCGAGAGCAGCAGCGAUCACAAAUGGCAAUGUGGGCCAUCAUGGCAGCCCCUCUAAUUAUGUCUACUGACCUUCGGAAAAUUGACCCUUACUCAAAGGCCCUCCUACAACACAAGGAGGUCAUCGCCAUUAAUCAGGAUCGAUUAGGAAAGCCAGGGGCUCUCUUGGUGGAUAUGAACAUGAUCCAGUUUUGGAUUAGACCGGUGACACCAGAGGGCAGUGUUGCUUUCGCAGUUCUAUACACAGGCUCUGCAGGAACACCAGAAAAGUUGAGUGUGCAGUGUCAGAGCUUGGGGAUGGUAGGACCCGGGGCUUACAAUGUCACAGAGGUGUUUGACGGACACUUCAUAGGAAUGUUUAAACCAACCAGCAACAUCAACAUCACUGUCAAUCCGUCCGGAGUGUUCUUUGCAAAAGCUGUAUAUUUAGGAGAUCAGAAGUGAUGUACAAAAGAUGUGUAUUUAGGGGAUCGGAAGUGAUGUACAAAAGAUGUGUAUUUAGGGGAUCGGAAGUGAUGUGCAAAAGCUGUAUUUAGGGGAUCGGAAGUGAUGUACAGCCUGUGAAUAUAUAGUAUAGCAACAUCGCCAGUUUGUUUAUUUUGUAAAUUACUCAGGUUUUUACAACUUUGAAAAUUACCAGUUCUUUAACAAUUAAGUCAUGCAUUCCAAAACUACCCUUUCUAGCUACUCAGUGUCUUCAUUAACACAAUAAUUAGUAUAUGCAUUGUAUUCCUGUUACUGCUUAUGUUUUGUUCAGUUUCAUUGAGUAAUAAUUUAAUUCACGCUUUUUAAUGUCUAAUAAAUUAUAAUCUACUGGGAAGAAAUCUAUACAAAUGCUUCAAUACAAGAGUGUUGUAGAUCAUAAUGUAUAGAAAAUCUAAGUUUUUUUUUUAUCGAUAACUGCAUGGGGUAUCCCUAUUAUGUUUUAUUAUGAAAAUAUUGUUUGAUUUAAAAGAAAACCAUCAUGAAAUAUCUGAGUAUGGAAAUUCAUUAAUGAGUUCACUUAUUGAAGUUUGAGAUUUUUUGUGUUUUGUAUGUUUAAUUUUAUUAUGAAUACUAAAUGUGCAGAUAAGUUCCAAAUGUUUGGAAUUAUUAAUAUAUUGUUUAAUAUCCUGUUAAGAUGAUUCUAUUUAUUUAAUGCUUAAUUUGAAAAAAAAACAACCUUUCAUUGGAAUCGGUUUCAUACAAUGAAUUAAGGACUCCUAAUCCUAAUGCAGAGUACAUCAGAAAUAGGGAAGAGGUUUUUUUUUUUUUUUGCAGUUUGAGUCACUCACACUUGGUAGUGGGUUUUUACAUGCCUAAAUGGGUAGGAUAAUGACAGAGUAUCUUAGCUUGUUAAGAGUGGUUUCAAUCCAUAUCAAAAACUUUUACACUUUAGUCAUCUAAUCUGAAUUUUCAUAAACAAACAGGCAUGAAUACCCUGUCUCUAGUUUGGUUAUUGUAUCAUAUGUCAGGCACGAGUUUACUGCCAAAACACAUUUUCAGUUAGUGCAUAUUGGUAUGGUGUUAAAGUAUAGCUUUGGGUGGAAAAUAUUUAAUUGUAGCUAAAUCUACAGAAGUCAACAAUCGGUAGUUAAAAGAAUGUACAUUAUGAUUUACAUUGUUAAACAUCGUCAUUGUAAGAUUUUAUUGAUAACUAUGUUGAUGAUGUAAUUUUGAAAUCUUUUACAUGAUCAAUCAAAACAAAUUCUAUUACUGGAAAGCUUUGUAUUACGAUAUUCAAUGAUACAAAUGUGAUGCAUUUACAAGGUUGCUGAAGCCUUUGAUGUAGAAGACUUCUGGCACGCGUCAAGAGGUGUCUACUUUUGGGCUCAGCUGGCCUUCGAUCUGAUUUUGAUACGAAGACUACAAAUAAACAGUGGGGUUUUUAUCAUACAUGUAUAUGAACUAAAUAUGAUGCUCUUCUACUUAAUUUUUUUUAUAUUUCUAAUGAAGUUAAGUUUUUCACCCAGUUAAUUCAUAAUUACGAUCUCUGUGUUUACAUUCAGCUGCAUGGAUCUGUUUUAUUGUGUGAAUGUUAGUCUCCCAAGUCACACACGUACUCUUUGCAUUUUUUGCAUGUGCAUGGAAGGGGUCACCCCAUUAUGAACAGUGGUACUCAGAUUUUAGUGAAGGAGGGCUGAUUUUUCUUCUCUGUGGCCAUGUAAUUUCCCCUUUCCCGUCAAGUUUUUUGUCAGUUCAUAUUGUUUUUAAUCUGUGAUGACAUAUAAUACAGUUGGGUGUUUUUCUUGCAGUAAUGUGAUAAUUAUGAUUAAAUAUUAGUGGGAUCCUACAUGUUUGGAUGAAUGUAUUUUUUGCCCAUGUUUGAAUUCUAUGUCAGGAAAAUGAUAUACAUGUAUUUUGAAAUAUUAAACCUAUAGAAAUCUGU